AUGAAUAAAAAUAAAGAAUCUGGAAAGCAAACGUAAAAUAACAAAGCAAAUGAUUCUAAUUCAAAUAAAAACAAAGAAUUAUAAAAGCUUGUUUAAAAUAAUAAGCAUUUUGAAUUUUUAUCAAGUGGUAAAAUUAAAUGCAUUUUAACACAUCAUGAAAUCCUCCCAACUUUACAAGAAUUCAACAAUUAUUUAAAUGGUCGAAGCUAUAAAAACGCAUUAGAAAAUGAGAUUGACUUUACUUAAUUUGAACCAUACAUAGUCUAGCAUAAAACUGAUAAGUAAUUUUAUAAAUUAAAAUGUAGAAAUAAACUAUUUUGUAAUUUAACCAGAUAAAAUAUUAGUAAAAAGAAAUCUGUUGUUCUCAAACAUGUAAAUGGAAAGAGAUACAAAUAUUAUUUAUCCAGUAAUUCUAUUUAGUCUAUAUAUUCUUAGAGUACUUAGAGGAACAAGCCAAAGAAGAAUAAGAAAAUUAAUAGGACAAUUAAGAAGAUGAAGUCUAAAAUGAAUUAGAAGAAUUGAAUAAUUUAGUAAAUGAGGAAGAACAGGAACACUAACCAUAAAAAUAAAAAAGUGGAAUUCUAAAAGGAGGAAAGAAAAUCAUUAAAAAGAAGGUGAAACCCCAAUAAGAAGAAUAAAUAGAAAUUGAAUAAGCAGUAUAAAAUAAAUCAAAAUUAUAAUAACAAAAUGGUAAAUAAGUGAAAAAGUUAAAAAAUAAAUAAUAAAAAGAAUAAGUGGAAUGA